CUUCUCGAAUUCCACCACUUCCGCCAGGCCUUGCUCGUCCGUGGUGCUCUCUCGUUUCCUUAACAACGAUAACAGGCUCUAGCCUCGUAUAGAAACAUCCUCCACUGCCAUGUCUGACAAGCCCCUGGGCACCUUCGCCUCGUCGAGGAAGAACUCGCUCACCUCGCUAUCGACGCUCAACACUUCAGCCAGCGCUGCUCCCUCCACCCACGGCUCCGCCAGAUCCCUUUCUACCGACAACCUCCUCUCGCUCGACGACAAGUUCAUCAAGAAGUCUAUCAAAAAGGUCCCCAGCAACGUCCAGCCUGCGGCGUCGCCCAUCCUCGCGUCCACAGACGGGUUCCACAAGACUAACGGGGGCACCUACUACUUCCCCAACGGUGAAAUAUUCAGACCCAGACUCACUCCGUUGAAGAGAAACAGACCAUCUAAGGUGACCCCAUCCCCCCAGCUGAACUCGCGAGCAAACUCGUUGAACACCCAGUCCACGGCUCCCCAGCACCAGCUCCAAUCGUUGCCUGUGGCAUCCUCGUCUGCAUCGUCGCACUCGUCGUAUUCCUUGAGUUCCAAUUCGGCCUCUCAAGAUUCAGUUAUCCCCAGAAACUCCUCCCUUCAGUCUUUGCAUACCUUGCCAAGCCCUGCCUUACCCUCGGUCAACCCUGUGACUGGUUUACAGAAGUCGAGCUCCUACAACAACAUCAAACAGUUGAACAAGCAAAACUUGGUGAAAAACAUCCGCUCAAACAAGUUGGACACCCCCACCAACAUCUCCCUCAACUCAGGCUCCGACAGCCCAUAUCUGAGGUCUAACUCCAUGCUUUCCAACGUGUCCUCUCCGUUCAAUAGCAAUUCCCGCCAGAACAGCUUGACCAACACGGUCAGCUCUUCAAGUGCCAGAUACAAUUACCCACAAGGAGGCUUCAACAACCACAACCAGAACCUGGCCCAGCUCCAAAAGCUUCAGUCGAAUAAUAUCUUGAAAGCAUCUGACGCAAAUAGCUCUUCGACUUCUUUCAGCGAGUAUGGAUCUUCCGGUGCUGCAUCUCCUACAAACGGAUCUGAUUCUAAGAACGACGAUCAAGUACUCCUGCAAACGCAAUCCGCAGGGUCAAAUUAUUCGGAUGGAUCAAAUUCUUCUUCUUCUUCUGCAUACUCAACUUCAAGUACAGCUUCGGUAUCUGUCACCACAACCGACCCUUCCAGCGUCACGUCAAAUGCAAACUUGAACCGUUCCAUGUCAAACACCCCCACAACUUCGAUCGAUGAUAGUAAAAUGACGAACACCUUAAGUAGUGGUACCAACAACAAUAGUGGGCCCUCUACUCCCGAGAAAAACAUUGCGUUCAAAGAUAUCAAAGACAUUAGGAAGCAAUACGAGAGCCCCAAUGCGAAGGGUUUGAACAGUAUUGAUGAGCCACUCGAGAAUGCUCCUAAAGAGAAUGUCAAAGAUGAACCAACCACGGAUCUCCAGGCCAAUGUGCCAGUUAAUGCUCCUUCAAGUGACUCGGACGACGCUGAAGACGAUGGUAAUUUGAGCACAUUGAAUGAAGUCAGCGAGGAGAAUCUUUCCAAGACUACAACGAAUGCUACGGAAAGUAAGACUCACCAAUCCGAACCAUCACCAAGCACCACCAAGGUCUAUGCACCAACACUCACAAUUAACAGUAAGAUUCACAGUGACGAUGAUUUAUUGUUUUCUACUCCAGUGACUUCACCCACCGGUGAACAUGCCCCAACUCUCCCCAGCAGUAAUUUGGCAUUACACUUGGUUGGUAAUCAAAAUAGGAAUGUGCAAUCACAUCCUUUGAGAAUGAAUCUUGAUCGAACCGAAAGUGUAUUACCGGAUCCAACCAUCGAAGAUGAUUCAUUUGAUAGACAGAUGAACAUUGCCGCUGUACAUGUCAAGGAACAGCUGGGCGAGUCUACACCCAAGAAGGACAGAAGCCACGAUAAAUCCUUCCACAAUCCUUCUCCCAGUGUGAGCAAGCCCACAACCCCAAAGAAUACCAAGUUCUUUGAUUUCCAUCCUGAUGAUAAGUUCAACAAUUUCCUCAAUGACGAUCAAGCUGAGGUUCCUCCUAGAGGCGAUCUUGUUGUUAUCAGUGGCCAAAAAAUUAGAAAACAUGACAGGGCAUCUUCUUCCAUUAGUUCAUUCAAUUCCAUUAUAAAUAAUGAAGUUGAUUCACCAAUUUCGCCAAAUGGCGCAACGUCUCCUCCACUCACUCCUGGCCAGUUCUCCAAAGGACAAUUAUCAACCCAUUCACCAAGACCAUCUUCACCUCUUCAUAGAAUUGAUGCAUCGGGUCCCCACUCGCCCCUUCCGGCUCCAACGCCAACUGCAUUUCUUCAUGGUGCUCACGAUGAUUUGAGACCCCCUACUGCAUUCAAAGAGCAUGACAAUUUAUCAGCACAAUCAUCUUUGCACUUAUAUUCAAUUCACGAAGGCUCCAAAACCUCGAUUGCUUCACAACCUCAACUACGUUCAAUGCUUGAUGUCGCAGGGGUUAAACCUGAUGUAAAGCCUCCUAAACCUCCAACCACAAGUGUUGGCUCAAAUUCGGCUGGUUCCGCUUCAGAGCCAAGAUUAGACUCACCACAAAAGGUCCUUAAGUCCAAGUCCAAGUCUAAAUCCAUGUCAAACUUGUCUCCCCAUAAACCCAUUACAAAUGUGUCCCCUCAAAAGCCGAAGUCAAACUUGAAAUCAUUCUUCAAAAAGAUGUUUUCGUCUACAAAAUCACCAAAGGUUUCAAGCUCAGAAUACAACACUACCCAAGAAACUGACUUUGAAACUGAGGUAGACAGUAGAAGUGUCAAUGUCAGUAACAUAUUGGAUUCCAAAUCAAUCAAGUCGGGUUCCUACUACUCAAUGACUGGAUCGCACAAAGAACCAGCCACUGACCUGAAAUCUCAGCAUUCUUCUAAUUCAAACAAAUACAAAAGAUCUUUCUCCUUGGGAAACUUGAAAACCUCAAAGAUAAGUUCUAAGUUUGUUAGCAGAAAAGCAGCUCCAGAGCCUAUACCAAAACCUCUGCCAGAGCCACUUAGACUUACCCCAAGACCUGAUUCGGUAUUUAUGGAGCCGGUAUUAACUAAGUUACCUAGUAUCGAAAGAGAAGACAGCAUGUUUGACGAGAUGAUGUUAACAUUUGAUGAGAAACUCACCGAAAGUGAGCAGAUGCUAGACACCCCUCUUCCUCAGAAUAUCCUUACUUCUCGCCCCUCAGUUAAGGAUCCAUUUUUGAAGGAUGAUGAGUUGACAAGUGCUCAAAUUAAGGAUCAGCAACUCAGGGAUGGACUUGCAGACGACGAAGCCAUUGUAUCUGUGGAUUCCAAUCCAAGGUUUUCCAGACAAGGAAGACCUAUGUCUGAAGAAGUUUACAUUGAUGAUAAUAUUCGGUUCUUACAAAAAGAAUUCAACUGGUCUAAUAUUGACGAUAGUGACUUGAGCACAAUCGACGAAACUUCCGAUAUUCUCCCUGUGUCUUAUCUGAUACCCGCUCCUACCGGGGAUGGACCUAUCGUGGUUACUAAUGACCAAUUGAAUCUAAUUUUCAGCAACCUCUCAGACUUUCAGCGGAGAAAUCUUCCUGGACAUUUGAAAUACAUCAAACAAUUUAAGGACUAUAAGUUCGUUGAGAUCGCAGUCAAGAACUUCGAGGAUCUUGAAAACACUGAAAGGACAACCGAGUUGGAAUCUCCAUCUUCCUCGAUUCUCAAGAGAGGCGGUGAGGCAAGAUCAGGCAAGAAGGUAAUCUUUUCGCAUAAGAUAUCCAUCAAUGAAACAUUUGCACCCGAUAUGUACAAGCGUUACAAUAAGUCGGUGACCCAGUACACGUUGACGGAAUCUCACGAGAUCAACAACAUCAAGAACGAAUUGAACAACUACAAAUGCAACGAGAUGUUAGUGCACGAAAAUUCCCAAAACAACACUCAUUUCUUUUAUUAGUCAAUAUAUUCUUAGAGUCGUCCUAGUGUAAUUUUCGAUUAUUUUAUGAGUGCCGUCAAGUAGUAAUUUAGAGCCAUACCAAAGUGAUUCUUGUAUCUCUCAAGGUUGGGGAGUUACUAUUCUCAUUCGGGAAUUUUUAGUUGGUGCAUUAUUCAAUAGAGUAUGAUACGU